UCGGCAUGCAUUACGUGAUGACGUAGGGAAAUGUUUUGACGUUCAGUGUCACCGCACUGUGAACAAGACUGCCCAGGGAAGCUAGAGGGACUAUUUUUCUCCACAUUACACAGAUCUCUGCUUCCAUCAUGGCACUGAGGAGCGCCGUGUGUCGCCUGUUGGUGAACCCUCACAGAUGCGCCUUCCUGUUGUCCUCCAGAGCCCAGGGGACCGCUGCAGCCGCCAGACCGGAUGCAGACAAGUUGGAACAGAGGGCUAAACCAUCUAAAGUCCAGUUCGACUGGCGGGACGCCCUGGACCUCGAGGGCCAGCUGACCGAGGAGGAGGUCAUGAUCAGGGAUUCCUUCCGGACGUACUGCCAGGAGAAGCUCAUGCCUCGAAUCCUGAUGGCAAACAGAAAUGAAGUUUUCCACAGAGAGAUCGUGUCUGAGAUGGGGGAGAUGGGAGUCCUUGGCCCAACUAUUAAAGGGUACGGCUGUGCCGGCACGAGCUACGUGGCGUACGGUCUGAUCGCCAGGGAGGUUGAGAGGGUGGACAGCGGCUAUCGCUCCGUCAUGAGCGUGCAGUCAUCCCUGGUCAUGCACCCUAUCAAUGCGUACGGCACAGAGGAGCAGAAACAGAAGUACCUCCCAAAGCUAGCUCGUGGAGAGAUCCUGGGCUGCUUCGGCCUGACGGAGCCGAAUCACGGCAGUGACCCCAGCGGCAUGGAGACCAGAGCUAAAUAUAACCCAUCCAGCCGCACCUACACCCUGAACGGCUCCAAGACCUGGAUCACCAACUCUCCUGUGGCCGACAUCGCCGUGGUCUGGGCCAAAUGUGACGACGGCAAGGUCCGCGGCUUCAUCUUGGAGCGCGGCAUGAAGGGCUUCUCCACCCCCAAGAUCGAAGGAAAGUUCUCUCUGAGGGCCUCGGCCACCGGGAUGAUCCUGAUGGAUGAAGUUGAGGUUCCCGAGGAGAACCUGCUUCCAAAAGUCUCUGGCCUUGGGGGUCCGUUCGGCUGCUUGAACAACGCCCGUUAUGGUAUCGCCUGGGGGGCUCUGGGGGCCGCCGAGUUCUGUUUCCACGCAGCUCGUCAGUACACGCUGGACAGAAUCCAGUUUGGUGUUCCUCUAGCCCGGAAUCAGCUGAUACAGAAGAAAAUGGCUGACAUGUUGACAGAAAUCUCGAUCGGCCUGCAGUCCUGCCUGCAGCUGGGCAGACUGAUUGAUGAGAAAAAUGUAGCUGAGGUAAACGUGAGCUUUGUUAACAGAGCGGCCCCCGAGAUGAUCUCCAUGCUGAAGAGGAACAGCUGCGGUAAAGCUCUGGACAUCGCCAGGCAGUCCAGAGACAUGCUGGGCGGGAACGGCAUCGCCGACGAGUACCACAUCAUCCGUCACGUCAUGAACCUGGAGGCCGUCAACACGUACGAAGGUACUCACGACAUCCACGCCCUGAUCCUGGGCAGAGCCAUCACAGGCUUGCAGUCCUUCACAGUUGGCAAAUGAUCCGGCCUCCAGCUGCUAUCAACAGACGCAGCUCUGCCGAUGGGAAUGUAAAUCUGAUUUCAAGUCCGUUUUUUAAAAGAUAACCCAAUCCAACGUCCUCUCUCAAAACCAGUUUAAGUGCUUUAAUUGGAGAGAAAUGCCCAUUUCAAUUCUGCCGCUGAACUGUGGAGCUGAUCCAUUCUAAGUACCUAAGUGGUCAGUUUUAAGAAAUACAUUUUUCCACAGCAGGAACGAGUUUCUCCAUGCGUUUAAAUGAACAAAUCUUAAUUUGCUUUGGUAGUGAGUGAACCGUUUAGAAUGAGUUAAAGUUAUAGAUCAGUUGCUGUGUUGACGUCUGGUGAUGCAGUUAUAAAAGCAGCAAAGCAUGAAGACACACAUCGCGUUUGUGUGAUUAUCUUUGGUUGAAAUGUUUCUUUAGCGCAGCAGAAAUUGUUACAGUAAUUACGACUUUAUGCACUUUACAUACUGUAACGCUAAGAUGUUAGCCUGCGAUCAUUUUAAUGAAUAAACGUUAAAAACAUCCAUCGCGUGUGCAGAAGAUCAAGAUUUGGUAACAUCAAGCCUCUGGUAGGUCAGUGACUGACAUGUCUGUAUAUAACUGUGAGGCACAAAUACAUUCAUUCAGUUUCA